UUAUAACAAACUUUUAACUCCCCAAACUCCACAUCUGUCUGCAAAACAACCAUGGAACCACCAGCAAUUCCGGUAGAAGAAUUGACCUCCGGCGCCAGUAACCGCAUCAUUCCGGUCUGCCGGAACCUCCACCGAUCAUUCUUCUCCUCCGCCUCCGUCCGCCGUGCUCUCAUCUUCCUCCAAUCAAUCAUCCUCUCGCUCGUUCUCCACCUCCGUAACUGUCAACAGCGCCAUCGCCGGCCUUCUCCUCCGUCGUCUCCGUCAUCGUCUUCUUCAUCUAAGCAGAAUUUUCUGUUCCGACGGAGAGAAAUUGAAGAGGAUGUACUCAGGCGAAGAGCUCUCGCGGAGGAUGUUCCGAUGCUGACGUCAUCCGUUGAGGAUGGUGACGUCAGCACGUUUUUGUUUUACGGUACCGGACGUAACGCCUUGUUUUGCCGGUCGUGGAUUCCGGUGUCCGGUGAGAUCAGGGGUAUCUUGAUCAUCAUACACGGACUGAACGAGCAUAGUGGGAGAUAUGCUGAUUUUGCAAGGCAACUCAAUUCAUGUAACUUUGGGGUAUAUGCAAUGGACUGGAUAGGUCAUGGAGGGAGUGAUGGAUUGCAUGGAUACGUGCCUUCACUAGAUCUUGUUGUAGCAGAUACUGGAUCUUUCCUAGAGAAGAUUAAGCUAGACCACCCAGGAACACCAUGCUUUCUUUAUGGGCACUCAACAGGUGGAGCUGUGGUUUUAAAGGCUUCUACGUAUCCUUACAUUGAAGAACUACUGGAGGGAAUUAUACUCACUUCACCUGCGCUGCGUGUUAGUCCUUCACAUCCCAUAGUUGGCGCUGUAGCUCCAUUAUUUUCACUUCUAGCCCCAAAAUACCAAUUCAAAGGUGCCAACAAAAGGGGUAUACCAGUAUCUAGAGACCCUGCGGCACUUGUUGCCAAAUACAGCGACCCGUUAGUGUACACCGGGCCAAUGAGAAUCCGAACGGGCCAUGAAAUUCUUAGGAUCUCGUCUUACUUGACCCGUAACUUUAGGUCUGUGACGGUACCCUUUUUGGUCCUUCAUGGAAGUGCCGAUAAGGUAACGAAUCCACUUGGUUCUCAAGAUUUGUACCACGAGGCGGCUUCAAAGUACAAGCACUUGAAGUUGUAUGACGGGUUCUUGCAUGAUCUUCUCUUUGAACCCGAGCGUGAAGAAAUUGCACAGGAUAUUAUUGAUUGGAUGGUGAGGAAGCUAAGCUUUCAUCAUUCUUAAGAAGCGAAAAAUAUUAGGUAUUCAUUUAAAUGGUUUGUUAAAAAGAAUGUAUGUAUCUAUAUAUGUAUGUAUGUAUGUCUUCUUUUUCUAUGAAUUUGGAUUUUACGGAUUUGGUGUUUGAUAACAAGUGUAUGUUUAAUUGAGCCCUGAUGGUCCUUCAUCCAUUUUUUUAAA